AUGGAUGAGGAAGAAUUCACCAUUUCGCCAUACUCUCUACUUCCUUACAAUGCCUCGGAAGAGGAUGAUGAUGAUUAUGACGAUGUUUCCUUUGCCACUAAUCCUAGAUUUCUUGACGUUGGCUGGGGUGGUAAAGACUUACAAGACUUAGAGGACAUCGAUUUCGAGUUCGUUUACGCUCUCCACACUUUCGUCGCUACGGUCGAGGGCCAGGCCAAUGCUACCAAAGGCGACACCAUGGUGCUACUCGACGAUAGUAAUAGUUACUGGUGGCUCGUGAGGGUUGUCAAGGAUAGUAGCAUAGGAUACUUACCAGCCGAACAUAUUGAGACACCUACUGAAAGGCUAGCGCGUCUCAACAAGCACCGAAACAUAGACCUAUCGGCAACGAUGCUUGGCGACCAAGCAGAGAAACCCAACAAGCCCGCUUUAAAGACGGCGAUAAGGAGAAAAAAGAAAACCGUUACUUUCACAGCCCCAACUUAUGUUGACUAUUCAGACCCCGAAUUUUCCAGUGAAGAAGAGGAUGGGGACAGCGAGGAAGAACAAGGUUCAAAACAGUCUCAGCAGAAGCAAGAGUCGAAAGCAUCAUCUACUGAUGAUGCCUCGGACGAUGAAUCGGCCAAGGUGGAACCGCUCAAGCCCAGGAGUCAGCAGAGACAGGUCAAAUCGGACUCGGCCAAGGCUGAGGACAAAGAUAACCUGCUAUCGGUUGCCCAGAAUGAUGUUCGCAGGGACAGUAACGAAAUUUUCGAUCCCAAGACCGAGCGGGUUACAAGAAACGGCACUGUUAGGAACACAGAUUCUUUCUUCAAGGACGAGACGAUAGAAACUAAGAAGAUCACGUUGACUCCUGGCCUGCUACGGGACGAUAACGAACCGCGCGACUCGAAAGAGUCACUACGGCAACGAGUCAGCCUGGAAAAAGAGCUCACUCCUGAUAGAAACAAGGAUGACAAGAAAAAGAAGGAGAAGGAGAAGAAGCCAAGCGCAAUCCGGAGUUUCUUCUCGCGGAAAGAGAAGAAAAAGUCUAUUGAUGAUGACUCCGAUUCGUUUGGCAAGCGGUCCCUGGACGCUAGCGGUGAUAUGACGGAGAGGGAUGGGGAGGAAGCCCACGGAGCCGAUGCGGAUCUGUCACCUGAAAAGGCCAACGGACCUCAACGGAACACGAGUAAACUCCACAAACAACAGCCUAGGACUGAUACUUCACCCACAAGCAAACCCGCUAUCGCGCCGUUGCAGACAGGCUCAGAGCGAGGCCCUAUGCUAGCAUCGGAAGCUAGGAGUAACAACGUAGCAAACGUACCGCCUGCGACAUUGAGGAUGGUGGAGGCUGAUCGGCUUGAAAGCCCAGACCGAUCAUCUCAAAAGAAUGAGAAGGGUAGCUCGAAGCCAGUCGUCACAAAGGAGCCGGAGAGUAUACCACAGAAGGUUACCAAAGCUAAGUCGCGACUUGAACUUGAUGACUUUAACCCGUCGGAGGAAGACGAGUCUACACCACAGCCAACUAGGACACCCCCGGAACCUGCACGGCAGUCACCCGAAGUCAAACAAGAACGACCAACUUUGCCUGGGGCAUAUCCGGACAGCUACGUCGGUUCCCAAACAUCCGCAUCCAAAGUCAGCGAUCAAACAGCAGGGCCUGAGGCUGAGCACCCUAUCGUCGAAGAGCGACUUUCGGAGUCUCCUGUUCAGGUCUCACCUACCAACCCACCUGCUCUUAUGAUCGAUACUUCUAGUCAGGAGGACCAAUCUUCUCCUGUGUCAUCGCCAUCACCAGAGCCGGUGGAUGUGGAGGACAGGACUCACGGAAAGCAAGACUCGGUGGCGACUUCGACAUCGGCAACGACUACGUCGACUUGGAACGACGCUAACCUACGAGCAUUCUUCGACUCGGGUUCUGAUAUCAGGGAUCUAUUGGUCAUCGUCUACGAUAAGAAUGACGUGGCACCCGCCGGCCCUGACCAUCCUGUUGUGGGGUCUCUGUUCCGCGAGCAAAACGCAAGAUUAGCCGAAAUUACAACACAAUUGGAUAACAUGCUCGGGGACUGGUUAGCCCGCAAGCAACGCCUUCGAGGUACGGUAUAG